AUGUCCACCACUACACUUGCUUCAUGCAUGCGAAAGGCGGCCAAAGCAUUGCCGCCCAUCAACGGCACCGCAUUUGCUGCGAGUUUCGACUGGCUCGGGCAAUAUAAUGUUGUCUCCUUAGGAGAUGGAAGCCACGGCACCUCGGAAUUCUACGCCGCCCGCGCCGAAAUUAGCAAGCGUCUGAUCAAGGAGCAUGGGUUCAAGAUUGUGGCUCUAGAGGUUGAUUGGCCUGACGCCGAGGCCAUAGACCACUAUGUCCGACGCUGGCCUCAACACCCAGGCAGAAUGGAGGCCAGACAGGCCAUGUUCAAGCGAUUCCCAACUUGGAUGUGGAGUAAUCGCGAGUUCCAAGGCUUUGUCCGCUGGCUACGAGACUACAACGAUGGACUAGUACCACCCAGCGAGCGGGCUGGUACAGUCGAUCCAGGGAUGGCCGACGAGGCCCGACGGCGAUACAGCAAGCUCUCACGCUGGGCAGGGCAGGAGCAGGAAUACGGUCUAAGGAUGCGAUCGAGAUUCAAGUCAUGUGAGGCCGACGUGAUCAACAUGUUGUUGGAGCUGCUCCGCAAGCGACUCGAGUAUUCGGCCAAAAUCCACGACGGCGAAUAG